AAUGGCACCCGAGUUGAACAUGCCGACGAUGGCCUCCAGGUUCGAUAGCAUCAUGAUGGCGCGGGACUUGUAUGCGUCUCGGAACUGCGGGUUGAUCCAGCUGCACACGCCCUUGUAAGUUGUGGUGGCAUAGCGAUAGAUGCUCUCUUCCAAGACCUCGGCGUGGUCGGGCGUCUUUGCCUGGAGGGUCUGCAGGGCGAUGCUACGCUGCGAGUCCAUCGGGUGCUAUUGCAUAUGCCGAGGAUGAAACCCUUACUGCGUUUUUUCUGACACGCCCUUCGCAGCAGACCAAUGUCAAGUCAAAUCUGGAUCAUCGUGGCCGUUAUCGCUCUGUGCUGCGUCUCCUCAUCGCUCCUGACUGCAAGUGGAGGAUUUGGGCUCUAUCAGUACAACAAGACCCACUCGACAACACCAUGGUCCUGCAUCUACGUCCCGACCAUCAAGAUGUACACCGUUGCACGAUCAACCAGAACAACGCCGAGUACGCUGAAUCUCGACAUAUACACCUGUGGACCCAACUCGACCAACUACAAGCUCUGGAACCGCACAGGAUACGAAGCAGCGAGCGACCCGUGUGAUGUCAUUUUGAACAGUGACAAUCGCUCGAUCACCAAUUUACUCUUUGCGCCAAGCACGAUCACCAUCAACUCGGCAUACCCACUACAUGCUGCGUCUACUUCUUGAGUUUGCUCACGAUGGAUGCUGGCGAUGGCAUACCGCCCGGUCCGCUGCUGCCGCUCCCGGAAUCGAUGCUCUGGUAAGCAUAAUACCCGAUGGCCG